CCCCCCACCACCCUCCAUUUUCUUCCCUUGCCUUACCAUCUCUCUCUCUCUCUCUCUCUCUCUCUCUGUGAAGAACAAGGCAGUCUCACCAUGCCAACAACCCAAGAGCUUCCAGAUUGCCACCUCCUGAAACCGCCCAUACUGAUCACCCCGAGCGGCCCAACACCCCACCACGCGCUCUCCCUGUCCAACCUCGAUGACCAGAAGUUCCUCAGAUUCUCCAUCAAGUACCUCUACCUCUUCAGGAAAUCCGUGCCCCCCGAAUCCCUGAAAGCUUCCCUUGCCAAAGCACUGGUGGAUUACUAUCCGCUGGCCGGGAGGUUGAGGAGCGCCGGAAAUACGGACGGCGGCGGCGGCGGCGGCGAUGUUGAUCAGAGGCUGGAGGUGGAUUGCAACGGAGAAGGUGCUGUGUUCGCCGAGGCCUCCAUGGACAUCACCGGGGAGGAGUUCCUGGAGCUCUCGUGGUGGCCCAACAGGUCCUGGAGGAAGCUGCUGUACAAGGUGGAGGCUCACAGCUUCCUCGGCGUCCCUCCCCUCAUAGUUCAGGUCACCAAUCUCCGCUGCGGAGGCAUGAUCCUGUGCACCGCCAUCAGCCACUGCCUCUGCGACGGCAUCGGCACGUCCCAGUUCCUCCACGCGUGGGCCCACCUCACCACGGCCUGGGGCCCCCUCCCCGUCCUCCCCUUCCACGGCCGCCACGUGUUGAGGCCUCCCCCGCCCCACGCGAGCUCCCCGCACCCGGCCUACACCCGAUCCCUCCCCUCCCGAAACGACAAGGCCGCCCCCCCAGCCGACGUACACCGCUACCUCCAAUCCCAGCCGCUGGUCCCCGUCAGCGUCACCUUCUCCCCGUCCCUCAUCCUCCGCCUCAAGCGGCGGUGCGUGCCGUCGCUCAAGUGCACCUCCUUCGAGGCCCUCGCCGCCCACACGUGGCGGUCCUGGGCCCGGUCCCUCGCCGACCCCCCCGCCUCCGCCGCCUCCUCCCUGACGCCUCUCCACGCCGUCAAGCUCCUGUUCUCCGUCAACGUCCGGGACAGGGUCGACCCGAAGCUGCCGCACGGCUACUACGGGAACGGGUUCGUGCUCGGGUGCGCGCCGGCCGCCGUGAGGGACCUCGUCGGGAGCAACCUGGCCAGCGCGGUGAAGCUCGUGCAGGCGGCGAAGUCGCGCGUCGACGGGGCUUACGUGAGGACGACGCUGGAGGUGCUGGAGGACAAGGCGGCGAAGACGGACCUGGCCGCCAGCCUGGUGAUAUCGCAGUGGGCGAACCUGGGGCUCGAGGGAAUCGACUUCGGGGAGGGCAGGGCGGCGUUCAUGGGGCCGCUGACCAGCGACGUGUACUGCCUCUUCCUGCCGGUCGCCGAGGAGCCUCACGCGGUGCGGGUGCUGGUGUCGAUGCCGGAGUGCGUGGCGGAGAAGUUCGAGUUCUACAUGAAGGGCUUUGCGGAGAGGGAGGAGGAGAAUGGGAAUGGGAAUGGGAAUGGGAAUGGGAAUGGGUGUGGCGGGGAAGGAGACGGAUUGUGUUGCGAGGACGUGUGAACAUGUUCAUGCAUGCCGUUCUCUCGUGUACGUACGAUGUCGAUCGAUCGAUCGAGUUUUGUAAUGAAAGCGCACAGCAGAUCGACACAGAUGUUUCCAAUAGAAUGAAAAUGGCUAUAAACCCGACCAGAUAUUGAAUCAUGCACCUAUAGAUUCGAGAUUA